AUGUCACGAUCGCAGAUAUUUCUCCAUUGCCAUCGAGGCAUGAGGAAGCCGUUAUCAUUCCUUGUUGCUCAAAAUCGAUCAUUCUCCAGCAGCCAUGCCCGACGUCGAAUCAACAAGUUCUCCGCCUCGCCCUCCGAAGCCAUUGCUGACAUUCGGACUGGUGACACGGUCCUCGUCGGCGGGUUUGGACUAUCCGGAGUGCCAAUGACGCUGAUAAACGCCCUUCGCGACCGCCCGGAAAUCAAGGAUCUCACAGUGGUGUCCAAUAAUGCUGGAAUGCCGGGCAUAGGACUCGGUCAACUACUGGACACGAAGCAAAUCGGCAAGAUGAUAGCAUCGUAUAUCGGAGAGAACAAGAAAUUUGAGUCCAUGUAUUUAUCCGGCGAGCUCUCCCUGGAGCUCACACCACAGGGGACGAUGGCGGAGAGAUGUGCAGCCGGAGCCGCCGGAGUCCCUGCCUUCUAUACACCAGCCGCAUAUGGGAGUAUAGUGCAGACAGGAGAGCUUCCCGUGAGAUACAAGCGAGAUGGCUCGGUUGAUCUCAUGUCUAAACCUCGCGAGACACGAAGUUUCAGGGGCAAGCAAUAUCUGUUGGAAGAAUCGAUCUUUGGAGAUGUCGCGUUGAUCAGAGUCGACAAGGCUGAUCGGCUGGGUAAUUGUAGAUUUCGAAAGGCGCAGAACAAUUUCAACGAGGUCAUGGGGAAAAAUGCAAAGCUGACAAUUGUGGAGGCGGACCAUCUCGUCGAGGCUGGAGAAAUUGCUCCAGAGGACAUCCAUCUGCAGGGUAUCUAUGUCGACAGGGUCAUAAAAGCAACAGUGCCCAAACAAAUAGAGAAGUUCACGUUCGCAAAAAGCCCGGAGGAGCAGUUGCGACAAAUGGAUGCUGCAUCGACCCGAAGAGAGCGCAUUGUGAAACGAGCUGCGAAAGAGCUCAAAGAUGGAAUGUAUGUCAAUCUCGGCAUAGGGAUGCCCCUGCUCGCACCCAACUUUGUUCCCGAGGAUGUCGAAAUCGUGCUUCAAGCGGAAAACGGCAUGUUGGGGAUGGGCAGAUACCCAGAGCCCGGGCAGGAGGACCCUGAUCUGAUCAACCCAGGCAAGGAAACCGUCACGCUGAACCGGGGAGCGGCCGUCUUUGGGAGCCAUGAAAGUUUUGGCAUGAUCAGAGCAGGCAAAAUCAACCUGACGAUGCUCGGAGCACUGCAAGUCGCCGCCAACGGAGAUCUAGCAAACUUCAUGCUUCCGGGAAAGGUGAAAGGCAUCGGAGGCGCGAUGGAUUUGGUGGCGAACCCUCAGGAGACCAAGGUUGUGGUUCUCAUGGACCAUGUGGACAAGAAAGGAAAUCCCAAGAUCCUUCCCCUCUGCACGUUCCCCCUGACCGGAAAACGAUGUGUGUCCAGAAUCAUCACUGAUCUGGCUGUCUUCGAUGUCACACCAGACGGUCUAGUGUUGAUAGAGCUGGCCGAGGGAACCACCAUAGACGAGAUCAAAAGCAAGACAGCCGCUGCAUUUGCCGUUUCCGAUGACCUGAAAACAUUUUAA